AUGAUGUUACUUAACGAAUUGCUUCCUGUUCCAGGCUCUUCAGAAAGCAACAAUUGCUGGCAUGAUCUUUUUGACUCGGCAGUGAUUGGUCUACAGCGAGACAUUGAUCAGACAGUCCCCUGUCGUGGUUUGGUGUUGGAUUUCAAUAUCCUGCUGGGACUUUCGGCAGUAGAAUACCCAUUGUUAGUCGACACUGGAACUAUUUUGAUGGGUUACUCAACCGCGCUCGUACCGAUCCGCGAGACCGAAGACGGAAUGAUACUGUGGCAUCUGGAGAUAGCCAAAGAUGACUUUCAACUCAAAGUCGCCAAUCUCGAAGCAACCAGAAGUAACUGGUUACGGACUGAGUCUCUCGACUACUUGCAGUCAAAGAAAGCCCUGCUAGGCUGGUGCUCUAAGGCGCACAUCCUUCUAGGAACGGAUCGCUUGGCUCCUGAAGUGACCUGGUCUGCCGCCCGCAACAAACCUGUCACUUGGAAAUGGAAAGGGGCAAAUCUACAGGGGGUGUUUCAAACAGCUUCGCCGGUACAGAUUGGUCUUCAAGCCGGAGGUUCAUUCGAACGAACGUCUAACAGACUUCGAUUCGAUCCGUCCGCGAUGUACUUGAAGUGUCUGCGAAACAGCGCCCUAGAGCAGAUCAUUGUGUAUGAUGUUAGCGCGAAGCGAGCUUGGCUGGUCCCAUUGCUCUCUGUCCUGCAUCAUAUGCUGUUGGUCUAUGUACAUUCUGUGGAAGAGGAGUCUUUGGUGUCAAAUGCGCCAAUGGCCGGUUUGCUAUCCGAUGGUACCCCGGUUUCAUUGAAGGUUCUGCGGGACAAAGGCGACAUGGUCAUUGAGGGAUCAGGAAAUCACACUCUUACAAUUGCCCAGCUGAUCAUGAAAUUUUCAACAAACAUGUCCAGAUUGUCCCCGCAAAAGCCCAAACGAUCCACCAUUUAUGGGUACGAAUUCAUGGACAUCGUGAUGGACUCGACUCGAUCUGAACUCAAGAAGGAACCCUUGCAAAGGGAAGGACUAGCUUGGCUAUCUCUACUGGGUGAGGUCAAUUGUCUGUUUUGUUCCGGUAUUGGGGAGGCGAUUGUUGGCGAUCGAGCUCUCGAUCUUUCUUUGGCGUGCAACAGAUUACCAAAGGGUAAUGAUUUCUUGGCUGCAUCAAUGCAGAGCAUAGAAACCCUGUCUAUGAGGCAUGGUGGCAGUGAUCAAAUAUGCUUCCGUCGACUAUCUCAGAAGCAUUUCUGGCAGUUGAGCGGAUCUCCAUUCAAAAAAUGUGAUCAUGUAAAUCACCACGAUUCCUGCUGGCAAUGCCCCGAGUUCUUACAGGAGAUCCAGACCUGUCGAUCCUCCGAUCGAGCCAAUGACCAGAGCAUGGACAAUUGCGCCACUGGCGCCCUGGUUUUCGGCUCCCUCGUGAAUUCGAGAUCGGUUGAGCAAGCAUCAGCAGCGCUGACUUUCUUGCCACAAAAUCCUGCGCAGGGGGAUACUCGUGUCUUUCCACCCCCUCAAAAUGUCUGA